AUAGGUAGGGGAAAUGGUGGCAGAACCGCCGUCAGCACCACCACCGGCUCCACCUUCAGCGCUUCCAGCACAUGGCGCUCAGAAGGACGAACCGCGGCCACCAAGCAAGCGGCGGAAUGCAAGCGAACCCAAGCGACGUCCACCACCGCCAACAAGCCUUCCAAACAACGUCAUUGCCACCCUUUCAUCCUCGCUCUCGUCGCAGCAACUCUCGGGCGGGUCUUUAGGCUCCAGUGGGGCAGGCUCGGGGAAUACCGUGAGGCCUGCGGCUUUUAUCCGCCAAGGCCAGGGGCAUCACCCUCAUCUCAACCCCUCCCAUGUUCCGACGCCCAUCUCCCAGUCAUUGAGGACCCACGAUGCCACAACCCCUCACACUUCCACAAUUCAUCCACGUCCUCCUCCUCCUCCUUCUGUCCCUUCCUCGUAUAACACCGCGCCGGGCCCCUCAACCCAGUUUCGCUUCUACCUGCCCCCGUCGGACGAGCCGGGCAUCGGCGAUCCCACCGGCUGCGUAUCUCUAUCAAGCCACCGACCAUCUGCAAGGGUUGCUGGACAACGAAAUGCUCCCAUGGCAGUAUUUGCAGACACGAAAUCGCCGAAGCGAGCCGCGAAAGGGAGAAGACCGAGGUCUGGAGCUGGGCAACAAGAUGCUGGCACAUACCUACCACAACCACCCUCGUCGGACAUUCAGAGGGGCAGCAUGGCUGGUUAUCGGGGAGGGCAUCCACUCAGGGAAAGAAACGAGGCACUCGCGGUGCUGCCUGUGCAACCUUCCACAGUCAACACUUCCAUUUACCCCUUGCGAGGUUCUCCCAUCUCUGCCACUGACCCCUUCCCUCCUCCCUCCCUCAUUUCUCCUCUCACGCCACCAGGCUUCUGCGACGGAAUGCUCCGUCUCCGCGCCGAAAACCGGUUCGACCUGAAGAAAGCCAUCGACUUCUCCGCGCGCGUGGAGGUCCUCUCCUACCCUUAUGGCAUUGACGCGGCCUACGGGAUCAACCAAGCCCUCCGCAGCAUCCUGGUCAGCAACCCCGACAUGUCCUCCCUUUCCCCCUCCCUCGUCUCCUCCAUCAAGGCCUCCGUGACCGCCGCCUCCUCCUCCUCCCUCCUCUCCGCCGUCCACGUGCGGGUGCCCCACGGCCCCCCCACGGCCCAGGCCCUCAUGUCCACACAGUCCGACACCGCCUGCCUACCCCUCUUCCUCCGCCUCGCUCGGGACACGACCGCCUGCCUCAUGGUUUUUCGGGGCAACGACCAUGUCAGCGACGUCACCUGUAAUGCGAGGAUGUCCUCCCUCUUCAUGUCCACGGAGGAAAUUCGUGGCCUCAUCGGACAGACCGGCUUCGCCUGCUGUGCGUUUUGGAGCCAUUUUUUGGACCCAGUGGACGUGGAAGCCCUCUUGGCGGGGAGCGCGGACCUGGUCCUGGACAAGUUCAACCAGGGCCGGAGCUCUAUCGACCGGAUCGUGGGGGUGACUACCCGGGACGGACGGUGGGGCCGCGCCAUGGCCACCCUGGGUUGGCACAGCAGCGAGGAUGUGGUGCAAACCCUCAUCCUGCGCCUGAUCCCUCUCGGCUUCCACGACGUCCCAGUCGGGGUGCGGGAGGAAGGGAGGGAGGGAGGGAGGGUCGGGGCGCGGGACUCCAGGCGGGUUGUCGGAGGGGAGCAGGCGGUGGUGGAGGACGUGACGGAAUACGAGAGGAUCAGGCGGGAGUUUCCCUCCCUGCUGCCCCCGCUUCCACCCCCUGAAUCCACCUCCCUCCUGCCCUCCCUCUCACCAGCCCACCGAGGCGACCCCUCUAUGCCUUCUCCCUCCUCCGUUGCCUCGUCCUCGUCGUGCCAUCCCCCCCUCAAGAAACUUCCCACGCCCCAGCGGAGGUGGGAAGGCAGCGAGGAAGGAGAGAAGGGCCCUGGCGGGCGGUGUGGGGGAGGAGUAGACGGGAGCCGGACUGACAUGCAGUGGGAGUCCUUGGCGGGAGAGGGGAGAGAAAUCGUAUCCUCCUCGCCCUCGUCCGCCUCGGGGCUCUCCUACCAUUCGUCCGUCUCCUCUUUUCAGACCUUCUCCUCCUCCCCUCCUUCCCCCUCCUCUUCUUGCCAUCUCACCCUGCCUCCUCCCGUCCCGAGCUGCCUUCCCCUCCGGCCUCUGGCCUUCCCCCAUCCGCCUCCAAGCGGAGUCGCCUCCCUGCCCCAUUCUCCUUCCCUUCCGCCCACUUUUCCUCCCACCCUGCAUCCACGGGAUACCACCAGUACCUCCUCGCCUUCUUCCUCCUCCUCCAGCGGGGUCUUCACCUCGAGCGAUAUUUCUCUCAAAGUGAGACUUUCUACCGAGGGAAAGGGCCAUCAACUUUCCCUUCUCCCCCUCUCCUCCUCCUCCUCCACCUCCUCCACCUCCUCCGCGGCAACCCCUCCCAACUACCCAUCCCCCACCCUCCUUUCUUCCUUCCCCAAAUCUCUGAGCAGCGGGUACUCGGUCGCAGCCCCCGGACCGGGCUCAGCACCCAACCCUCCCCUCAAUUCCUCCCUUUCGCCUUCCCUCCCUCCCUCCGUCGAGCCGGACGAGGCGGCGCAUAUGCUCCUCUCUCUGUCGAGCGAGGCGCUACGAAACCGGGACGAGGGAGGGAUGGAUGACGGAGGGAGGGAGGGAAGACGGGGGGAAGAGUAAAUAGAGGAAGGGGUACGAGGAGGGACCGAAACAUUUGGGAUCUUCACUGAUGUAGAAAGUAGGAAGAAAGACUUCAACAGCUGUACACAGAGAAUGCCCACAUCAAUAGAUGUCCAUUGUUAAUGCGUUGAAAGUACCUGAUGGAGGUGAUAGUGAAGUAGAUACCUUCACUUGAGGCGGUUAGAAUGACUGGGAUGUCGAAGAGAGAAAAGAGUUUAGCAAACGAGGCACAGAUCUGGUCCAAUAUUUUCUCUGGCAUUUGUCUUUCUCGUUACGAAAUGACGAUGUAUUUUGAAAUCGUGACAUAAUUCUCAGCGAGCAAUUCACAAUGUUGAAAGCCAUUUUUCCAAAGUCAGAAGAAGUUCAUUGGUGAUGGCUCUGCAGCGAGCCG